AUGGCUGGAACAGGGAUGGAAGUGCCUCACUGCGGGGCAACAAAUGAGACUUUGGAUGAGUUAGUUGGUCAAGACCACGUGUUCAAAGAUCCAAAAGGUUUGGAAAUGAGAAAAGGCUUGCGACCCAAGAAAACUAACUCAACUGAAGAAUUACUAAUGGGAAAGGCUGAGGCAGAGAAUACUGGGCAUGAAGGAACUCUCGACAAACAUGAAGUAACUAAUUGGUUUAUGAAGAAUCGGGCUAAAGAACACACAAUACUCAAGGCAUAUGAAAAUCUAGAAUAA